GAAUUCUAACUUAGGUGCACAUUCUCCGUAUAUGACAUGCUAUCGCCAGGAAGUCGUCGCUGCGCUUAGCCGACGCGAUUGACAACGGACUAGGCAUACGCGCUGUGUCUCUCGAUGUCAAUCGAAAAAGCCAGUCGUCGCGAUAACUGCAUGUGGUUUUAUCACUUUGCCGUUAUCCGUAAGAGCUUUGAAAAUCGCAAAUGCUGCCAGAACUAUGGUAUGUUCAAUAAGACGCCAGGCGAGAGGACGCUUAAAAUGGUUUGUUCACCAGCCCGUGAUUCCGAGCCUAUGCGGAGCGUGAUUAGCGUGCGUUUUGUGUUUGAAUUUAUUCAGUUUGGCAGUCUACUGUGUACGGAACGCUGUUGAACUAAGGAAUCACAUAACAGAAGGCGUCAUUUUGCUGGCAGCAUGCUUUUGUUAUAAUUAAGCCGCGCGCUUGACGGUGUCUCGCCCAGGGGGAAUCUGCGACGACUGAAGUUACGUGCAGCACCAGUGCUAGUUAGAAACUUUGCCGCAGGCAUUCAGCUGCAUGCUGCAAGAAGUUGCAAGAGGUCAAUUGGGCACGUUAUCUUGAACUUACUGAAAACGCAUGAGCAAUCCAUGUUUUAUGCAGCUACAAGCGACGCGAUGGAGAUGGCUGUCGCGUUCGCUCGUCGCCUACAAGUCGUACAUGUAGUCCGUGCGAGCGACGAUUUUGAGCGACGCCUCCCCGGUGUUGCCGGUAUGAGGGCUGCAAUCACGCGUGACGCGUGCUUUAUAGUAAUUUACGUUGAUGUAUUCUACUAUAAAAAGUAGCAUAACAUAUUUCCGGAGGUCUUGCAGUAGGUUCUUAUCCUUGCACGUAUAAAAAUUGAAUCAUUUGCUCGUUCCGCGCGACAAUCGGUAGUAUUUGAGCGAUGUAGUACAUCCAGUUCCGGCUUCGCGCUAUUGGCUAGUCGCUCACAGCACUUCCGGGCGACGAUUUCUAGGUUUCCAGAACCGAGCCAUCUGUUCAAGCGACGGCCCGUUUUGUCGCUCGAAGCCGCCGCUCGUCGCCGUCGUGCACUAAAUCGCUCUCACAGUGUUUAUCCCUAAGACUGAGCUGUUUUUGCUCAUGUAUUGAAAUGGUGUUAUUAUAGGUCUGGUUUUGUCUCCUGUUACGGUUUUCGAGCACGGUGCGUAACUGAAAGGAUGCUUAUGUCUACUCGGUGAAUUGUCGAGCAGCUAGUUAUGCAUCGGCAUCGAAUGUAACGGCUGCUGUGUGGAAUUACAAUUGCAGGGGCGCUUUGCAUACGCUUAUUGUUUUGGACAUGCCUGUGCAUUUGCUAAUAUGAGUUGGCGUGUCAGAGUUAUGUCAUAUGAACAGCUAAAUCAGCCUUCCUCUGGGGGUUACAAGCGUAAUGUGUGCAUUUUGCUACUGCAUGGCAGAUGAAAAUGUGUUUAUCGCUUGAAUAUUUUUAGUAGAGAAAUAAAAUAUCAAAAUAAAAUGUUGCUUUAAUUCCGUGUUACCAUUCGUCUGUCGUACACAGAACAAUAAGUUGGUCUAAUAAACUAAUAACUGCGGUUUAACUGCAACUUUUACAUGCCUUCAAGAAUCUAAAAUGCUAGAUUUCAAACUGCAGCAGUAGUCGAGUCUGUCAAAAAUGAACUCCAUUGCGCACCUCAUAAAUGAAAAUAAGUUCAUGCCUUUUAGUAAGCUUAGAUGCAGGCCACAGUGAACUUUCUUGUUAGUAUUGAAAUGUGGGUAAGCUUGCCAUAACAAGCCUUGUUUCCCUUCUUUAUAGGCACAUCCAUAUAUCCAUUGAACUGAAGGACAAUAUUUUCAUCCCUACUGAGCAUCAUGUUUGCAGCUAUGAUCCUCAAAUUAUGGCUUCAGCAGUGGCACAACUAGGGAUGGUGCGGGGGGCACACUGGGCACAGGCUUAGGAUGUGUCACAAGUGGUGUUUGCGAUACACCAGACUUAUGACAGACCUAUGACGUCUGAAAAUGACCAAUAUUCUAUUUAUUAGCAGGAGUAUUCUAACAUUGGUGACAAACAAGGAUGAACUGUUGGUUAUUUGUUUUUUGUUUAAAUCUAAAAAUUGAAGUUAGUUUAGCAGUUGACUGUUGCAGUCAUUUGGAUGUUUUGCAUGCAUUUCACUAGGAAGACUAAGAGCUAAGACUUUCUUUUAUUGCCAUGGUCUUGACUGUCUUGAUGUUGUUUUGCACCAUGCCCUUGUGUUGACUUUUGCACACAAUGUUUUUCAGACACCCGCUUUAUAUAACGCAAGAAGGCAGCUGCAAGGACAUGAGGAUGUGAAAGAGCCAGUGCAGUGCGACUUCACGUAGUGCAGAGGAGCGAAUGCCAAGAAAUCAAAAUACAUUGGCAUGCAAUUUGGACACAAAAACUACACCCAGUCAACUGCCAGAAGUGACUCAAACACAGACCACCCGUGGCACUUGGCUGUACCACUGCAGUGCUGCGGAAAUUGCCAGCACCAGCGUCUUUGCAACAGCUGUUUCACAGCAUGUUGGAGACAAUGCCUACGAAAUUAUUGGCCCUGAUGACGAGAGCCCUCAAGGGGCAAACGACAUCUCUGUUGCAGAAGUGAGCCCGAUACCACCUGAAGUUACCAUGACAGAUGACACGGCAGCAAUAGAUACAGAGAUUGCCAUGUCUACUGCAGCUGCAACAGUGUACGAGGCAAGCAGCAGCGCGUCAGCAUCAGCAGCAGUGUCAGAAGGAACCCUACUAGGCCUGGUAGAGCAACAUGUGUGCUAUCACUGUGACUUUUUUUGUAGUGCAUACAACUCAUUUGCUCAACAUACAAAAGCUUUUCACCGCGACUGUGAGCCAGUGUUCUUGUGCAGCAAGUGCAAGACUAAGUUAGGUGUUAUAACACAGUAUAAGCAUCACUUUAAGAUAUGCAAAUGCAAACAUAUUACAGUCGUUGCCUCCCCAGCCAGCCCACAUAGCGACAACAAUGUGGAACACAUGGUGGGACACACCUCUCCCCCAUUAGAAGAUUGUAGAAACUGUCAGUGUUGUUGCUAGAUUGACUGGUCUUUGUAGGCAACUAGAAGGACAACACAGGUGUCAUAAGGUUGUUGUUGAUGUUGUUGUUGAAGAGGUAAAAAAGAAGUUUGAUGCAGCUGAAGUACCAACUGAUAUUGAGCAAAUCAAAAGCAACCACCUGAGAAAGCAACACUCGAAAUUUGGGUAUCUAUGUGCUGCCAACUCUGGUAAGGAUGGCAUAGGACAGAAGUGUGAUGAAAAUCACAGACACUGCUGUUGCAUCACUGGCCACAGUGAGCAGUGACUUGUAGGGCAAGAGAGUCAACUGAAACGAACAUUAUGACAUAGUGUCAUGCUCCCAUGUGACCACUUUCCAUGUUAUUUUGCAUGAUACAGCUCAACCUCCAGAAACAAGACUGCAACUUGUCUGUAAAAAGCUUUCACAAAAAAUUAUUCAUAACACUAUUAACAUUACAGUAUCUUUCUUUUGUGUGGGUUCGAGGUUCCCGGGUGUCCAUUAAUGCAAAAAUUGAGGAAAAAAAGAACAUGUAUCGUACUUACACCUUUUUAACAAGUACGAGGGGGGACAACUUUUCUAGUCGUGCAUCUUCAUCAUACUAUCAAGUUUUUAAAUGCCUUUUAUAAUUAUUAUUACCAGUUAUAUCUGAGUGCAUUGUAUGCAUGUAGCAGGUGUAAAAUCAGGUCAGUUGGAUCAGAUGCCUUAUCUGCAAGAGAGCCCUAUAUUCAAGAAAUUUGAAUUAAAAUAGGUACGUUAGAGACUCAGUCUUUCAGCACUUUAUUGCCUGUGGUUUAAGCAUUGCUCAAUACUUUUGUGGAUGGCAGUUUCAACCGGCACAGCACUGCGCUUUGCCACAGUCACAUGUGUCUUCAAAGCGGUGUUUACCAUUUGUGUUGAUCUGUUUGUGUAUGCAUAGAGCAAGUUUUUAAUUUAUCUUUUCUGCAUUCUUGUGCUUGCACUAAGCUUGUAUAAGGCAGUUACAAAAUGUGCGUCACUAUAACGAACUGUUCUGUUGAGCUUACACUUGCAAAUAAUAGUGUUCAGAUGGCCGCACUUCUAUGUAGGUGCACCGCUAGCUUUGUUUGUGUUCUCAUGUUUGUAUAAAGCUUAUAUAAGCUAGUUACAAAAUGUAUGUCACUAAGCAUUGUGGUAUUCUUUAAAGAACUGCUUGGUUGGUUUUACACUUGUGAAUUAGUAUUGAGGCGGUGGUAUUCCCAUGUAGGCCCACUGCUAGCUUUCUGUGUCCUCACGUGUUUGUAUUAAGCUUUUACAAGGGAGUUACAGCAUGUACGUCACUAAGCGCUGUGAUAUUUUUUAAAGAACUGCUUUGUUUUACACCUGUGAGUAAUAGUACUCGGGUGGCACUAGUCAUGUGAAGGUACACGGGAACCAUUUGUAUACAUUAUGCUCAUGUAAAGCAGUUACAAACUGUAUGUCACUAAUCACUGUGAUAUUUGUUGAAGAAUUGCUGUGAUGGUUUUACACAUGUGAAUAAUAGUGGUCAGGACACAGUACUUGCGAUGUAUAGUUGAAUUUAUACAGUGCCAAGACAUGGGCUGUAUACGUACCAAAAGAAAUGUAUGUCAUUAUGUUGUGAUUAUUACUGUUUGGAUUUUAUUAAACUGUAAUAAAAUUGUUUCUUGUA